UCUUCAUCUUAUUCUUCUUCUUUCUUCCCAAAUCUCUCUGACGAACUUCGAUUCAGUUUCGGCGUUCUUUGGUGGAGAUCUUGCUCGAAGAAAGAAACAAUCUAUCUAUCUAUCUAUCUAAGUCGCAUUCUUUACUUACUUUUAAUUUUCGGGCGGCUUUACUUACUUUUAAGCUCAAAGGAUCGCCAUUGCAGAGUUUACUUAUAAUCUGGAGAGUUAGCUUUUAAAGUCUGCAUAGAAACUGAGAUCUGUUUGUUUCUGGUGUGGUGCGUUGAGUGGUAGGAGUUGUCGGUUCACAAGCUCAGAUCAAUCAAGAGAGAGAGAUAAGAGAGAGAGGUUAUUAAGAAGAAUGGGGUCGUGUUAAUAUCUCCGGAAUGUGGGGUUGACUUAGGAGUGAGAGAUUCUGGAUUUAUUCGAGGGGAGUAAUAAAUGUUCUUCCCUGUUUUUGCGUCGUGAUUACAUUUUUUUUUGAGAUCUGGGCUCAUUAUUACAAAUUACAUCAGAGCGAGAAAGAUAGAGAGAGAGCGAUAGAGAUUCUUCUUCUUAUCCGAGGAGACUUAUUCUAUUUUGUAUUUCUCCUGAGAGCAAGAAGACUCAAGAGUAGCUUGGAAUCUGUUUUGAUGAAAAUUUCUCUUGAGUAAAUGUGUAGAGCGGAGAAGUUUCUAUACCACAAGAAGCUCUUACAGGAGAUGAAGGUUAAGUAUCUAGGAGGAGAUAGCAAGGUUGUUGUUGACAAGUUCAACAACUCCUUGGUUUCCAAGUCUCGUAUGAGCCUUUGGAUGAUUCGUGCUAUCACCCUACUGUUGCUAUGGAGUUGUUUUGUUCAUUUGGUGGCAGUGGGAGGGAUGUGGGGACCAAGAUUGUUGAAAGGCUGGCCUUCUUGUUUCAAUACUCACCAUGAUCUCCCAAUCUCUGCUGUACUAGAAAUGACUUCUCUUCCCAUCAAAAUCCCCCUCCCUCCUAAAAGGAUAUAUCAGAACAAUGGCUAUCUUAUGGUUUCUUGCAAUGGAGGACUCAACCAAAUGAGAGCUGCUAUUUGUGAUAUGGUCACCAUUGCAAGAUACAUGAAUGUCACACUUAUUGUACCAGAGCUUGACAAGACCUCUUUUUGGAAUGAUCCUAGUGAGUUCAAAGACAUAUUCGAUGUGGAUCACUUCAUCACUUCUCUAAGGGAUGAGGUUCGUAUACUCAAAGAGGUUCCUCCACGGCUUAAGAGAAGGGUUGAGCUUGGCGUGUACCACACUAUGCCUCCUAUCAGCUGGUCCAACAUGUCCUACUACCAAGACCAGAUUCUUCCCCUGGUGAAGAAGCACAAGGUCUUACAUCUGAACAAGACCGAUACUCGACUUGCCAAUAACGAACUUCCUGUUGAGGUUCAGAAGCUUAGAUGCAGAGUAAACUUCAACGGGCUCAGAUUCACUCCAAAGAUUGAGGAACUAGGCAGAAGAGUGGUCAAGAUUCUGAGGGAGAAAGGUCCCUUUCUGGUCCUCCACCUCAGAUACGAAAUGGACAUGCUGGCAUUCUCUGGUUGCUCCCAUGGUUGUAACCGCUACGAAGAGGAGGAACUCACAAGAAUGAGAUAUGCUUAUCCAUGGUGGAAGGAGAAAGUAAUAAACUCAGAGUUGAAGAGGAAAGAAGGUCUUUGCCCAUUGACUCCAGAAGAAACAGCUCUGACACUAUCUGCCUUGGGGAUUGACCGUAAUGUUCAGAUUUACAUAGCUGCAGGAGAGAUAUACGGUGGUAAAAGGAGGUUAAAGGCUUUAACAGACGUCUUUCCAAAUGUGGUCCGGAAAGAAACUCUGCUGGAUUCAUCUGAUUUGAGUUUUUGUAAGAACCAUUCUUCUCAAAUGGCUGCUCUUGAUUACCUCAUCUCUCUGGAAAGUGAUAUAUUCGUUCCUACUUAUUAUGGGAACAUGGCCAAAGUCGUUGAAGGUCAUCGCAGGUUCUUGGGGUUCAAGAAGACGAUUGAGCUGAACAGGAAGUUCUUGGUUAAUCUAAUAGAUGAAUACUAUGAAGGACUGUCGAGCUGGGAAGUGUUUUCGACCAGGGUGAAGGCUUUUCACGCUACAAGAAUGGGAGGUCCCAAGAAGCGGCUUGUGAUUCCAAAUAAACCGAAAGAAGAAGACUACUUCUAUGCGAAUCCAUAUGAAUGUCUUCAGCUGUUACAUGAGAAUGAUAAUGGCGAUUCAUUAGAUGAAACCAUAUGAUCAGAGCCACCACCAUUGUUCUACAUUUAGAUUUGGCGGGACAUGAAUGUGUGAAUAAUGGAGUUUAUGAGGAUUAUUAUAUCAAUCUUGAGGAUGUGAUUUUUAAUGAGGUUAUGUAGGGUUCUUUUGGUGUACAGAGACAUCUGAAGAGAGCUUCCCUGGAUGUAGAAGAAAAGUUGCAGUUUUCAUUUUAAAGUUUGCAGAUUUGUCAUUUGGCACCAUCACCAUCGUCCUCACCCAUGGACUUGCAGUUUUGUAGCUGAAAAAUAAAAAAAAAUGCAGUGCAUAAUUAUGUUACACAUUAUCCUCCUGUAUAUUAAUUGAUAAUUGAGAAUUUUGUUUAUGUGUAAGUUUCAUGAAGUUUCAAAUUUGAUUGGUUGAUAGUUUUUAUUAA